GCGACAAGAAGUAACCGUUGUCGCUGCAUACAAUGGUGUAGCUCGCGGUACUUGUGACAUUAGUACGAAAUGGGCACCACGGCGGUUUGUGCCGUGCUGCUAUUCGGUGCCAUAUUCGGGGUGUGCGUCUCCACCUCCCUCAGCAAGGCAUUGCGUUACCAAGCUCCGGACGAGUGCAAGUGGGUCGUGGUGGACAGCGGAUCUGACGACGACGUCGCUCUCGUCUGUCGUCUCAGGACCAUCAACAGCGAGCUGGAGAACACCAACUUCAGCGUAAUCCAACCCCAACACACGGUGCGGCUACGGCUCGAGUGCAGUGAUGCGCUAUUCUUUCAAAGUUCCCUGAGUGCCGGCAGUUUUAAACCACUUGUAGAACUCCGAGAACUCGUGAUAGAGUACUGCAAAAUUGGCAAUCUAUCCGAUGGAGCGUUCAAGGGACUCAAAGAACUCAGAAAUCUAACUGUGCGGACUCACAACACCGAUUGGUCCGCGAUGACUUUGGACGUCUCUCCAAACGCGUUUUCCGAAGAACUACGUCUGUUAGAACGGCUUGACCUCGGGGAAAACAAUAUGUGGAGUCUGCCCGAGGGUGUGUUCUGUCCUCUGUACUCACUCGAAGUGCUUAAUCUUACCAGAAAUCGCUUGAGAGACAUUUCUAGUUUUCAGUUCAGUGCAAGUGGUCCCUCCGAGAAAUGUGGUGCUAAUUUAAAGCUACUUGAUCUCUCACGCAACAACUUCGACCGAUUAGCGUCGAGCCAACUGUCCGGGCUGUCGAGACUGCAAAAAUUGUAUCUACAGGGUAACGGUCUGUCUCAUUUGGCAGAUCGUGCACUCGAAGGACUGAUCGCCCUGAACAUUCUUAAACUCUCCGAUAAUCGGCUUGUUAACUUACCCCCGGAGCUGUUCGCGGACACGCGCGAUAUACGCGAAAUGUAUUUGCAGAACAAUUCGAUCAACGUGUUGGCACCGGGAUUAUUCAGUGAACUUACUCAACUACUAGUUUUGGACUUGUCACACAAUGAACUGACUGCUGAUUGGAUAAACACAUCUACGUUUGCCGGGCUUGUCCGUCUGGUUGUUUUGGAUAUUUCUUACAACAGAAUCGGAAAAUUAGAACAAUCCGUCUUCAGAGAACUGUACAGUCUGCAGAUCUUGCGUUUAAACGACAAUUCCAUUGAGCACAUUCCAGGGAACAUAUUUUCCGACUUGUAUAAUCUGCAUACACUGAUAAUUUCAAACAAUCGACUAACAAGAAUCGAAUCAAAUACUUUUAAUGGAUUGUAUGUCUUGUCUUUGUUAUCAGUAGAUAACAACAAAAUUUCUUGGAUACAUCCCGAAGCUUUGAAAAACUGCUCCAGCUUACAAGACCUCCAUCUCAAUGGUAACAAACUAGUUCAAGUUCCAGAUGUUUUAAACAACGUUCCUAUGCUGAAAACACUAGAUUUGGGUGAAAAUCUCAUUGAUACGAUCACAAACGAGACUUUUGGAGAUUUAAAACAGAUGUUUGGAUUGAGACUUACUGAAAAUAACAUAGGAAAUAUAACGAAGGGCGUAUUCGACAGGAUGCAAUCUUUAAAAAUAUUAAACCUUUCUAGAAACAAAAUACAAAAGGUGGCACCCGGGUCAUUUGAACUCAACGUUAAUCUGCAGGCAAUUAGACUGGAUGGCAAUUAUUUGACAGAUAUAGACGAGUUAUUCGCUAAAUUGCCGAGUCUGGUAUGGUUGAACAUCUCAGACAAUCAACUGAAGUGGUUUGAUUAUGCGCUGAUUCCCACCGGGCUGCAGUGGCUCGACAUCCACUCGAAUCAGAUUGAAGAGUUGGGUAAUUAUUUCGAGAUUGAAUCGACUUUAUCGUUGAGCACCUUCGAUGCAAGUUCGAACAAAUUAAACGAAAUCACCGGCAGUGCGAUACCGAACAGCGUGGAAGUAUUGUUCCUCAAUGACAAUUUAAUUUCGAAAGUGCAGUCGUACACAUUCUUCAAAAAACCCAAUUUAACACGUGUCGACCUGUUCGGAAACAAAAUCUCCAGCCUGGAUCCAAAUUCACUGCGAAUAUCGACAGUACCUCCAGACAAACCGCUACCUGAAUUCUAUAUCGGCGGAAAUCCGUACCAGUGCGACUGCACGAUGGAAUGGUUGCAGAAAGUCAAUGUGGGUAACCGUGCGCGUACUCAGCCAAAGCUCGUUGACCUGGAGAGCAUAAACUGCCAGCUUCUCUAUAACCGAGGCCGUUCGCACGUCCCCCUCGUGGAAGCGGCCCCUUAUCAGUUCCUAUGCACAUAUGAAACUCACUGUUUCGCACUGUGCCAUUGUUGCGAUUUUGAUGCCUGCGACUGCGAAAUGACCUGUCCGACGAAUUGCACCUGCUAUCACGACCAGUCCUGGUCAGCGAACGUGGUGGAUUGUUCAUCCAGCGGAUACGUGACAAAGCUCCCGGAACAGAUCCCAAUGGAUGCCACGCAGUUGUAUUUGGACGGAAACGAUUUGAGAUCAUUGAGCAGCCAUGCGUUUAUCGGCCGCAAACGACUGAAAAUUUUGUUCCUGAACAAUUCAAACAUCGAGACAAUACAAAACCGCACGUUCAACGGUUUAAAAGAACUAGAAGUGCUCCACUUAGAUGGCAAUCGGCUCGUUGAACUCCACGGUUAUGAGUUCGAAGGAUUGGAAGGCCUACGCGAGCUGUUCUUGCAAAAUAACAGAAUAUCUUUUAUUAGCAACUCAAGUUUCAACGGUCUGCGACAGUUACGGGUGUUGAAAAUCGAUCACAAUAGACUGAACAAAUACAACUUGUGGAUUUUGCCGUCGACGUUAAUUGAAGUCACAAUUGCAUAUAAUCCUUGGUCCUGCGACUGUGAAUUUACUGAAAGAAUGCGCGAGUGGGUAAUACGAGGUGAUGCCGUGAUAGAUUCGAACAAUAUCAGAUGCAUUUAUAACACAUCGGACAUUAACUAUUACAGUGAACAAAUUUACGUGGACAAUCCGGAAUUGGGUUUCUAUAUUGUGCAAGAAAACGGUACAAGUUGUACCGGAGGUGCUAGCAUAGACAAUAGCAUAAACGGAAACUUAACAGCGACAAAAACCAUAAUACAGCGACAGGUCAUCCAAGACUAUUUGCCGCUUUUGGUUGUUACUUUGGCUGUGUUCGCCGUAAUAGUGGUCAUUACUUUGAUCUUGUUCAUAUUCCGCCAAGAAGUGCGCGUUUGGUGUCACGCAAAGUUCGGAGUGCGACUAUUCCAAAGGUCAUCAGACUUGGAUCGUGACGACCGCGACAAACUGUUCGAUGCCUUCGUGAGUUACAGUUCUAAAGACGAGGCUUGGGUCGCAGAAGUGUUGGCUCCGGCUUUAGAGCCCAAUUACAAAUUGUGUUUACACUACAGAGACUUUCCCGUAGGCGCUUUCCUCGCCGAUACCAUUGUGCAAGCCGUAGAAUCUUCAAAACGGACUAUCAUGAUUUUGUCUGAAAACUUCAUUAAAUCAGAGUGGUGCCGGUUUGAAUUCAAAUCAGCUCAUCACCAGGUGCUUAGAGAUCGUCGCAGACGUCUGAUUGUGGUACUUCUCGGCGAAGUUCCCCAAAAAGACUUGGAUCCUGACAUAAGACUGUAUUUGAAGACCAAUUUUUAUCUACAAUGGGGCGAUAAGAUGUUUUGGGAAAAACUCAAGUACGCUUUGCCCGACGUCCACAUAAACCAGCGUCACCACGGCUCCAUACGGGGCCCUCAUGUGCACCAUCACGUUCACAGACAUAGUGCACGGGGCCAAGCACCGAAUCCUCCGGGUAGCGGGCAGAGGACUGUGGCAAUCCACAUAUGACAGUGACUGAAUUAGUGUGAAUAAAUUCCCUUUUUUUAAAUUAAAAAUCCUAAUGUCAGCAAAUUGUGAUACUACGUAAUUAAACAGACUGUGAGUGCAAUGUGAGUGUCGGAUGUGAUAUAGUCAAGCUCGGAAAUGUGUGAAUGUAGCCGAAAAUCGAACUGAAUGGAUCUGGAUUGUAUGACUGAAGAGCCGAGCUACUCCGACGACGAUGCCGGAGUCUAACUUUUAAAACUGAUGUAAAUACGGACUUGUAUAGUUAAGUAUAGUCAAAAAACAUUUGUAAAACCUGCUUGUAAAUAUUUAUAUAUUUUUAUUCUUUCAUAUUUAUUAUUGUAGUUCCAUUUUUUCACUUGCCAAUUGUAAAUAUCUAUCAAAACUAUCCGUACGUGACAUUAUUGUAAAGUAUAACUUAGAAAUGCCUUUACUCAGUGAUUUUAAAUAAAACAGAAUAUUGAA